CCAACCCACUGUGAUACGAGUGUGAUAUGAAAGGGUGAGAGUGGGGUUUUCUGACUGACUUCCAUUUUGUGCCGCAGUAACUAUGCCAUAUAAUGACAAGAGAAUAACAAGGGUGUUUGUCUUAUGAAAGGGUGUUUGUCUCAUGCUAGAAGAAGGAUUCUUAGAAUAGACAAGGACUCGUGUUGUUAUUUUCAGUUUGUUAUAGACAAGGACUAAUGUUGUCAUUUUCAGUUAGAUAAGAUGUUUCAGAACCCCCGGAAUGUACCCACAUUUGGAUAGAUUGUGUUUUUUUUAGUUUUGUAUAAAGGACGGGGAAUGUUAGGGGAAUUUCGGAAUCCACCUGAGACGCUAGCAGAUGUGCUGCGUGUGAAUACCGAAUUUCCCCUUGAGACGAUAGUCCUGAGAUUCCCCGAUCCAGAGUGCUCAAGUGAUGCUACAAUAUUCGCAGAUGCACAAGCCGCCAUUGCUAAGUCAUCUCAUGAGCCAGUGGCAGGAGAGACGAAGGAAUUGGAAUCAUGGUUGCAGGGUACAGCCCUUUGGGCACACCAAAAGAGUGGACAUCUGGGAGAAAAGGCAACUUACAGAUUGUCGUGAGGCUCAGUCUUGGAAUCCUUGGAAUUGUAUUAUUGGUCGUCCCCUCUAGUACAUGGACACCUGGUUUGAAGAUAGAGAAACGAGAGUUGCAUACUGUAUGGUGGGGAUGGAACAAUGCCACCAUACCAAGAACCCAAGAUAAUUUCACUUGUCAGGCCAAUCAGCGCUGUGCUAAUAUAGUAAAUAUAACAAUUCCAGGAACGAUGUGGGCUGGACCGCCUGAUCCACAAAGAAACAGAUAUCGACCUACAUUUGCCUUACAUCAGUCAGAAGGCAAUAUCACAAUUAAUGCUGCAGUAAAUAUAAGUUGCUGCUCCAAACCUUAUAGGUUCCGAUUUCUCCCUAAAGAAGAGAAGAAUAAAGAAUAUAAGAAUUGUUCUAAACAAGGAGCAACCACAUUUCGGUUAGCUGUAAAAGACGUUUUAAUUUUGGUAUGUCAUAAUGCUGCUGAAAUAAAAAAUCGAACGUGGUGGGCACAAGAUUUAAUGUUUAUUGAUAUCAAUGCAUCACGAAUCGAUAUUGGACAUGUUAAAAGAUUACCAUCUACAUGUGAAAAUGUAGGUACACAAGCUCAAAAGACUGUGUUAGUCACACAAGUUGUUUUCCCUCCCAAUAAUAGACAAUGUAUAUCCCGGCAACGACGUGCCUGGUAUGAUACAUUGUUGGGAGGAUAUGGGACUCUAACAGGAGUAUUAAAUGGGAUAGAUAUUGAAACAUUAGCCAAUAGGAUGCAUAGCGCCGGUAGUAAAUUAAAUGACGGACUUACAUUACAAGCAAAAUGGAUGCCUACUAUUUUUGAGCCAGCCAAAAUAUCGGCUGGAAUAGAUACUUUAAUGAACCAGCUAAUUAAUGCUAGUAAUGAUUUUGCUGUUGGAUUUGAUACCAACAUUACUAAAUUUAUAAAUUGGACCAUCUGUACACUACAGACUAUGUAUGAGCAACAACAAAAAGGCGUUAUGCAAACUAUGCUAAUGACCGGAAAUGAACAAGUAUGGAGAACAAUUUUUAAUACAAGUGUGUCCAGGGACACUUGGAUACACUUGGAAGCUGCUAAAAUGAUUUGUAAUGACACCAUAUGCCAAGGUAUUUUAACUAUGUAUAAUGUAACCAAAGUUAUUCAAAUGUGUAAAUAUAUUGUAAUGCCUUUGUUGUUAGGACCAUCUGGUGGAGAAUGGUACUGGUUCCCCACUAUGAAAGGAGAAUAUAUAGAUGAGAAUAAUAGAACUCAUGAUUUGAGUAUUUGUACACCCACUUUACAAGGCAAGAUAUGUAGAGUACAAUCUGCAGUUUAUGAACCUUGCUUAUUAGAGAAUGGAGUAAAUUUAUGCAAAUGGAUAGUUCUACCUUUGUCAUAUACAAUGAUGAUGGCGGUAGCCCCACAAGAAGUAUGUUUGGUAACUGAUACACCAGCCAUACCUGGAAUGGUAGUUCCAUUUUCCGUAUGUAUUAGUAAUGUUAGUUCCUUAACCUGGGAAAAUGAGACAUUUAUAUUGUAUGCUGACCGUGAAGAACAUGUUCCAAAAUAUUGGAGUCCACAAAAUUUAAGUAUUCCCCAAUGGGAUUUGAAGUUAGAUAAACUACAUACAAUUAUGAAACAAUCCAAAGUUGUUGAAGAUCAUAUCAAAUAUCUCAAUCAAUCUAUUGUAAGUCAUCAAGUGACAACAACAAUAAUUGCUGAUCAAUUACAGAAAAUUGGUUCUGAUGUCCAGGAUGCAACUUCUCAUCAUAGGUGGGACUUGUUUACUGGAUAUUCUCCGUCUGCAUCCAAUAUGCUAAAUUUUCUGAUACAUCCUGUUCUCAUACUGUGUAUAAUAAUAAUAAUUUUAUCUAUUUGGAACUGUGUGGUAUUUUACCGCAUAUGUUGUAAACGACAAAAGGUUGUAAUGGCAAGUUAUGCGUUAUAAUUGGAAUCAGUCAAGGGCCGUUUGUGAUACGAGUGUGAUAUGAAAGGGUGAGAGUGGGAUUUUCUGACUGACUUCCAUUUUGUGCCGCAGUAACUAUGCCAUAUAAUGACAAGAGAAUAACAAGGGUGUUUGUCUUAUGAAAGGGUGUUUGUCUCAUGCUAGAAGAAGGAUUCUUAGAAUAGACAAGGACUCGUGUUGUUAUUUUCAGUUUGUUAUAGACAAGGACUCGUGUUGUUAUUUUCAGUUAGAUAAGAUGUUUCAGAACCCCCGGAAUGUACCCACAUUUGGAUAGAUUGUGUUUUUUUUAGUUUUGUAUAAAGGACGGGGAAUGUUAGGGGAAUUUCAGAAUCCACCUGAGACGCUAGCAGACGUGCUGCGUGUGAAUACCGAAUUUCCCCUUGAGACGAUCGUCCUGAGAUUCCCCGAUCCAGAGUGCUCAAGUGAUGCUACAAUAUUCGGUAAGAUAUUGAUGUAGUUUCUUGAUAUUAUACCUAUAUUUAUGAUUAUGUAUUAAUAACUGACGAAAAUACUAUAAGAACUAAUAAAUUAUUUACUAUUUGAGACAUAAAA